AUGGCCACCCCCGAGCCCAACUCUUCAGGGUCCCCAUUCAUCGUGGUCCCGGGUGACUUUGGCGGCCAUAUGACCUCAGGUCUUUCCAUCUUCAUCUUUGGAAUCUACCAAGCAGUGCUGACAUCUCUGGCCCUGCUCAGGGACCCGUUUUCCCCAGAACUUCCCAGGAGCCAGAAGAGAUGGGGCUGGCUCCUCCGGCUGCCCCUUGAUGGGCUGCUGAAGGUGCUGUUCGGGCUCACCUGCUCCCUGCGCGAGCUCCUAAAUCUUCACUACAUCAUGAGUGUGCUGGGACCCGAUGACCCACAAUUUACGUUCAUCUUCCCCACCGCGUGGCAGCAUCUUACCAUGUUCAUGGCUUUCGUCUUGAGUGGACUCGUGGAUCUGGUAAGCCAGGUUUGCCUAGCAAAGAGGCAACGGGGUCUGGAGAUGGGGGCCCAGGUCUUGGCCACCCUCGUGCUGGUCUUCCUGAUGUCCUGCCACAUCCUGCAUAAGGAAGGGCUGAAGAGACAAAGUCACAUCCUGCUGCUGUUUUCCAUCUGCCUGCUUGUCUUGACCAUGAUCAUAGAGCUCUGGGUUCCCAAGCAAGCCCAGCUUUGGCUCAUCAAGUCCUGGCUUUUCCUGGUGACUGGUUCGUGGCUGAUGCACAUAGCCUACAUUCACUUCCACCCCUCCACUGCCCAUUUAUGGUAUUACCAUGUCAAAGAAAGCGUCAUGUUCCUCACCAUCUUCUUCUGCUGGCACCUGAUAGCCGAUGCCUUGCUCCUGGGAGUGAUCUAUAUCUUCUCCAUCCUCGGGUAUCAGUACUGUGGCUUGGAACCAGACUCGGAUGGGAACAAUGAGGCUGAGUAUUACCUGUGCCCUCCUGAAUCUCCAGAUGAGGAGCUGCAAGAAGUUCACAUCCAGAGCACCCCCUUUUUGCAGAGUUCUUGA